UACUGCGGAUGGACGAACUCCUUCAAUGUAAAGGGACUGCAUGCCGCAUGUUUUAUAGAUCAAAUGUGCACCAGCCAGUCAAUUGCCUAUUUUGGUUCGGAUAUUCGUUUAAAAUGUCAACAAGAACCUAAUAAGAGGGGUUCCUUUGAGAAGACGGGCCGUUUUUAUACAGUUGAGUUUAUUGGCCGUGUAAUUAACUGUUAUUAUUGCCAGGGAAUCUAUUUUUAGGACCUGCACGUCCUUUAAAGACAGAAGAUACCGAAGAGACUGUGACAUUUACUCAGAGUCCUCUUUGCAGUGUACCAGGAAAUUGUUAUCUUUACAGUUUACCUCCAGUUUGAGGCCCAAACGCAUCCAGGAUGAAAAGUGUCCGGGUCGUAGUGGUGGGAGCAGGCGUGGUCGGCUUCUCCACUGCCGUCUGCAUCGCUGAGGCGCUUCCUUUCUGCUCCGUUACUCUGCUGGCUGAGAAGUUCAGUCCAGACACCACCAGUGAUGUAGCUGCUGGGCUCCUGUUCGCUCCAAAGUUUCCAGAUAUUCCCUUAGAAAGACAAAGACACUGGUUCAAGAACAGCUUUGAUCACCUGUUGGCCAUUUCUCAAUCCCAACACUCACCAGACGCUGGAGUAAUGCUGAGUUCUGGCUGGCAGAUAUUCAAGGACGUUCCAGCGGAUAAGACGCCCUUCUGGUCAGAGUUUAUGAUCGGUUUUCGAUUCAUGACUGACAGUGAAUUAAAACUGUUUCCAGGGCACAAGUUUGGACACGCAUUCACCACCAUAAAAUGUGAAUGUUCUACCUAUGUGCCGUGGCUUGAGAACAGGUUCAGAAAAGCUGGAGGUCACGUUGAGCAGAGGAAGGUCUACAGUCUGGAUGAAUUAAGCAGCAGCUAUGAUCUCAUAGUCAACUGCUCUGGUCUGGGCUCCAAAACGCUGGUGGGUGACGAACAGGUGUACCCGAUCAGAGGCCAGGUCCUCAAGCUGGAAGCCCCCUGGCUGCAGCACUUCAUCAGAGCUGGAGAUGGAAUGACCUACAUCUACCCCGGCAGAGACGGCGUCACUGCAGGCGGCACCAGGCAGGAGGGGGACUGGCGACUACACGUGGACGAAGACGACACCAAGAGCAUCCUGGAGCGCUGCAGCCGGCUGGUGCCGAGUGUCAGCAAAGCCAAAGUUCUCAGCAAGUUGGUCGGUCUGAGGCCCACCAGGAAGAACCCGAGGGUGGAGAGGGAGCUGGUGCAGCUGCAGGGUCGCAGGGUGCCUGUGGUCCACAAUUACGGCCACGGAGGCUGGGGAGUCACCCUCGCCUGGGGCACCGCCCUGGAUGCACUGGGGCUGGUCAGACAGUGCCUUCAUGAAAUGCCGCUACAGGCUAAACUGUGAACUAUAUCAACUUCCACUAAAUCCUGCUUUUUGUAUGUGCCAAUAACACUCGCCUUUAAAUAAUAAGACGUACUGGCAGAAAAUCAAAUCAAUAAAUAAUAAGCUGUAGGUUUUACGUUAGUGUAUAGGGAAAUAAUUUGUAAAAAUGUAAUUUUGGUGAAUAAUUGGACACAUUGGUACUGAAUGUUAUGGGACAAUGUCAUGCAACAAAAUCUGUAUUACAGUUGCCUUUGAGUGCAGAGAACUACAGUCAGAUUAAUUUAAUUCAAACAUUUAUUGAUGAUUGAGUGAAAGUAGAACAAUGAUUAACAGCCUUGUUAGCAUUUUUACAAUGUUUAUAUAAAAGAAACCUUUAUUGAUUAAAUUAAUGAACAAGAAAUACUAUACAUAAUUUACUGUGAAAUGAAAAGCUCAGGUUAAGCUCUGUCUGAGAACUGCUGAUAGAUUACUGUAUCAAAUACAGUUUGAUUUCUAGUAUCUCCCAGCGCUUCAUUAAUGUCUUACACUGCUUGCAGUCAGAUUACAUGCAUAACUAAUGUGACAGUAAAUCAAACAAUGGAUAUUAAUAAAGGCUUUGUUGAUGCAAGAUGAAAGGCCACUCACUGCCAGGCAAUGAUGCUUAUGUAACUGUUGGACUCAGCUGCAGUCUUCUCUACAAACUGGAUUCAGCUGAAAGAGAGACAGGUAUUCCAGAUCCACCGUUCUGUCAAAAUAAUUCUGGUAGUCUAUUUUCCAUGUUUGAUCUGUUGAUCUAAAUUAUUUUCUUGCAAAAAGUCAAACAGGUGAAAAGGGUUUUGCCAGCAUAUUCUUUCAAAGCUCCUUAAAUAUUGUUUCAUCCGUGAAACAGGUGGGGAAACCAGUUUCGUCAGGAUUAUCUUUGAAAAUGUUUUUUCUUUUCUUAUGAUGCAAUGCUUAAUUUGACCUGAGGCUGAAAUGCACCACUACACUGUGUCCUAAAUACAACUAGUAAAAGGAGAACUCACCUGGAAGAAAACAUGAUUGUUUUUAUUCCGAUUUGAAUAUGGAGUAGUGGUGCACUUC